AUGUUCGCUCUGCAUGUUGGCUUCAAUGCUGACUCUUCAGGUUCAAUACUCGCUCUGUAUGUUGGGAUCAAAGCCCGCUCUUUAUAUUGUGAUCAAAACCCGCUCUGCAGGUUUGGUUCAAUUCUCGCUCUGCAGAUUGGGUUCAAUGCUCGCUCUACAGGUAAUGUUCAAUGCUUGCUCCACAGGUUGGGUUCAGUAUUUGCUCUGCAGGAUGGGUUCAAUGCUCGCUCUGCUGGUUGGUUUCAAUGCUUACACUAUAGGUUGGGUUCAAUCCUCGCUCUGCUUGUUGGGUUCAAUCCUCGCUCUGCUUGUUGGGUUCAAUCCUCGCUCUGCUCGUUGGGUUCAAUGCUCAGACUGCAGGUUAGGUUCAAUGCUCAGACUGCAGGUUAG